GCCCGGCAGCUGGGUAUGUCAGAAGUGUACUCUGCAGAACGCGGAUGGCGUUGAUGUCUGUGAGGCUUGUGGGAAGCCCCGGGCCCAAGUGCCCGCGCCCAAGGUGGCACCCAAGGGGCCGAAGGCGAAGGCAAGCAAGAGGAGUGAAGCCUGGCGCCCUGCAAAUCACCUCUUGGCCAGCAAGGGCUAUACCGCCAAGGCCUCUGCGCCCGUGCGGCGUGGCGCCAGCUGGGUGGUGGCCAAGGGGGAUUUCGUGCGUGGAUCCUGCCGCCUGGUCUUGGAUGCUAGCCUCGCACGAGGUGAUCCUGCGGCCGUGGCAACUCUGGGGGGCAAGGACUUAUGGGAGCGAGUGGCUCUGACUGGUCAGAGAGUGUAUAGUUCAUAG